CCAGGGCUUCUGCUCAACUUGGGUUCGGAGUCGGACGCAGAGUUUGGCUCAGUGGGAGGGAUCGGCGCUUUUGUUUCAUGUUCAUCCGAUCUAUUAAUUCCGUUUGGAAAUCAAAGCGAUACUAUUUGCUACCUGCCCAGUAGGGCUGGACGGCUGUCGGAGUUUGUUCCUGCUGCGACGGAGCACAAUGAGACCGAAAUGUGAUGUUUUUAAAAGCAUAGCAAACGUUUUGGACUGGGGUUUUGCACUGUUCGCCUAUUGAUAUUGGACAUAAUACAAUACAUUGGAGGGAUCUGAGCUCUUGGUGCAUGAUAUAAAAGGUUUCUCUCUUCCAAGUUUCUGCCCAUCGCUCUCCCCGCCAGCCAUGGGGUGUUUGCGGGUUGUGAGUGUGGGCCUGCUGUUCGUGUGUGUAUGGGUCCAGAGCGCGGCCGACGGUACCCACCAAGACCCCAUGGACCGCUCUUUGACGUCCAAGCAAGAAGCAAGCGAGGCUUCAGAUCUGUGUGUGAUAGACCAGCUGCUGUGUGAGGAUGAGAACAUGAUGCUGAGUUUCGAGGCGAUUCACAGCAUCCACAAACUGAUGGACGACGACGCUGAUGGGUCAGUGGACACCAAGGAGACGGACGGGUUUCUGCGUGAGGACAUGAACUCCAAAGACCCCCGGGCCAAGCAUAACAGCUUCCACCGGGCGGACCUUCUCAUCAGCCUGGAGGACAUGUGGACGUCCUGGAAGAGCUCCCCAGUAUAUAACUGGACGCUUGAGGACAUGGAGACCUGGCUACUGAGCUGCGUUGAGCUGCCUCAGUACAUAGACACCUUCAAAAAACACAACAUCGACGGCAAGGCCUUACCCAGGCUCACUGUGAAGAACUCCACCCUCUUUGUCUUGCUGCUGAAGAUUUUGGACCGGGUCCACGUGCAGAAACUCCAGCUGAAAGCUCUGGACACGGUCCUGUUUGGCCCACCCCUGGCGGGCAGACAGAGCCUGUGGAAGGACCUGGCCCUGGGCUGCUCGGUGCUGAUGGCGCUGGCCGGCUGCUGGUUCGCCUGCACCCAGAGCCGGCGGUCCCGGGACCACCUGGGCCAGCUGAUGAAGGACCUGGAGGGCCUGCAGUGCGCCGAGCAGAGCCUGCUGGACCUGCAGGAGAGGCUCCAGCGGGCCCACGAGGAGCAGCGCACCGUGGAGACGGAGAAGGAGACCAUGGAGGAGAAGCUCCGGGACGAGAUCAGCACGGCCAAGCAGGAGGCUCGGCGGCUGAAGGCGCUGCGCGAGGGCACGGAGAACGAGAGGAGCCGGCAGAAGUACGCCGAGCAGGAGCUGGAGCAGGUGCGCAUGGUCCUGAGGCGGGCCGAGAAGGAGCUGGAGUCGCGGGCCAGCUGGGCGCCCCCGGAGAGCCUCCAGAAGUGGCUGCAGCUCACCCACGAGGUGGAGGUGCAGUACUACAACAUCAAGAGGCAGAGCGCAGAGCGACAGCUGCUCCAGGCCAAGGAGGGGGCCGAGAAGAUCAAGAAGAAGAGGGGUUCUCUGUUCGGAACGUUCCAUGUGGCUCACAGCUCUUCCCUGGACGACGUUGACCAUAAGAUCCUGACCGCCAAACAGGCCCUGGGGGAGGUGACGGCGGCCCUGCGGGAGAAGCUCCACCGCUGGCAGCAGAUCGAGGCUCUGUCGGGCUUCAACCUGGUCAGUAACCCCGGCCUGCCCGCACUGGCCGCCCUCCUCAACCUGGACCCCGCCUUCCUGGGCCUGCGCUCCGCCGCGCCCCAGCACCUCCUGAUCUCGGACGACCUCGACGACAUGGACGAGGACAUCUCCCCGGGCACCCUCAAGUACGCAGCCUGGCAGAUGGACCGCAGAGUGAGCGACAUCUGGCCUAUGAGUGGCAUUUCGGACAGCCAGUCUCCAUGGAAGCACUCUGCGCCAAAUCUGACCCCCCUGCGACAGAGGAAAACAGACCCUGUGCUGAACCUGGGCUCCCACAGGGACAUCAUAAACCGCUCGGACUCCGACUCCUCCCUCCCUCCGUCCCUCGUCGAAUCACACCGCUCCCAGGCCGCCCCCUUGGCCUCCAGGCCCCGCCCCCCACCGCGCCGCGCCUGCAACGGGGCGGGGCUUCUCCAGUCCUCCCAGUCCUCCCAGUCCUCCGCCGGCGACGGGCUCUUCAUGUCGCUCUCGGGCGGCCUGGAGAAGAGCUCCAGCCUCGGGGAGCUGAGGGGCAGCGUGCCCGCCACCCUGUCCUCCUCCUCCUACGCCUCCCGCUCCCUCUGCUUCCCCCCUCCCGACGCGGAGCUCACGGCGGGCCACGCCCCCUCCGGGCAGCACAACGGCCAGGGGGCGUCGCCCGCCAGGCUGCAGGCCCGGCGGACGACGGCCCUGGAGGACGAGGGAGGCUCGACGGGCGAGGACACGGAGGCCGGGGCGGUGACCAGCAGGCGGCGCCGCGCCUUCAACAAGAUCUUCAGGAAGAGGACGUAGACACCCCCCCCCCCCCCCCCCGAGAGAGGGAUGUGUUGACGCCAGCGCGUUGUGGGCUGACGAUGGUCCAGGCGUUGGACAGAAGUACCAAGCUUUUCCUCACAGGGUCAGGGCCAGUAACCCCCGGAGGUGGGGUUCAGACCCAGAACGAGCCGUCUAUUUUUCGGACUUUGGGCCACAUCUCUGGCCUCUGUCGUUGUCCUUGUCGUUGAAUUUCCUCAUAAAGCGCGUUCAUCCACAACACCACGUGUUUCUAAAGCUGGGGCUCCACGUGUUCUUGUCUUGUGAAUCAAAGUUCUCUGACGCAGUCAAAUCGUGUUUUCGCUCGUUAUACAAAUGCAUCAUUUGCAUACAUCAUAACCUAUAUGAAAUGUUUUUGUGUGUAGGUGUGUAUGUAUAUAUAUAAUAUAUAUAUUAUUUUUUCCUGUCCGUUUGCACAAGUUUAUAUCCGUUUUUAAGACCCCGGUUCAAUGUUGCCACAAGUCCAGACUGUGUGUCCAAGAGUUUUGUGUCUGUCUGUCUCUGCUUGAAGGUAGUUUGGGGUUAAACUAUUAAGGAGCUAUAAUACCUGUUUAUCUUCCACUUAUAAAUAACUUGGGUUUACAAUGGGAUGGUACAUAGAGGCAUUGCAUGUUAGGCAGGAUUGUCUUUUAGGGGAUUUCCAUCAACCGCGUCUGUCUGCCAUUUUUAAAAAUAAAUUGUACAAUAUCUAUAAAAGACGAACCUUGUUCGAUGUUGUAUAUAUAUUGUGUACCUGAAUUGAUUGUAAAUUACAAGUUUCUCUCAGAUAUAUUUAAAUGUAACACAUUUGGCAUACUAAGUAUGCUAAAUAUGAUCCACAAUUCACAUCUUAUGGGACAUAUUAGAAUUUACAAUAAAAUGUAUGCAACAAAAAUACUUCAGUUAAUAAAUGUGUUAAAAACAAAAGGCCAACUGCAAUUGUGUUGAAGAGAGAUAACUACAUUCAAUUAAAAUGCAAUUCCCCAUUGAUGUAAAUGUAUGUGGCAAAACAAGACAAUAAAGUUAUCUUUUCUGACUCAAA